CAAAAAAGAAAGAUUGUGUUUUUAACCCGAAGCCGACAGCCAUAUUUGUAGUCCACAAAGGUAGAUGUUCCCAAUGUCUGAGCCAGAGUCAUGGACCCUUGCCCCUUCCUUCGCCUCUUGGUGGAAUCCCUCGCUCUCAAGCUCCCUUCCUCUCCGGCCAAACCCCCACCCCUCUCCGGUGUCCACCCUUCCACCACCCCCUGCUUCUGCAAAAUCCGUAUCAACACUUUCCCUUCCCACACCGCCCUCCUCCCUCUCUCUUCCUCCGCCUCUGCCCCCGACACCACCACCUCCGCCCCCGCCUUCCACCUCGACCCCGCCGCCCUCCGCCGCCUCUCCGCCAAGCCCCUCACCCUCGCUCUCUCCGUCUACAACGGCCCAAUGGGCCGCUCCUGCGGGGUCCGCGGCGCCAAGCUUUUGGGCAGCCUCCACCUCACCAUUAACCUCCCCGCUGCCCUCUCUCACUCCAACACCUUCCAUAACGGCUGGCUCAACCUCCGUGGUGGGCCCCACAAUAAUAAUAAUAAUAAACCAUCCGCCCAGCUUCACCUCGUGGUCCGCUCCGAACCGGACCCUCGCUUCGUCUUUCAGUUCGGAGGCGAACCGGAAUGCAGCCCCGUGGUUUUCCAAAUUCAGGGAAAUAUAAGACAACCCAUUUUCAGUUGCAAGUUCAGUGCGGAUCGCAACUACAGAUCCCGGUCUCUUCCAUCAGAUUUUACAAAGAAUCGAAGUGGGUGGAGAAGAUCCACCACAGGUGAGAAAGAGCAUCAAGGAAGGGACAGAAAGGGUUGGAUGAUAAUGAUUCAUGAUCUCUCUGGCUCACCAGUUGCUGCAGCCUCCAUGGUGACACCGUUUGUCCCAUCCCCUGGCUCAGAUCGCGUGUCCCGAUCAAACCCCGGUGCCUGGCUCAUUCUCCGCCCCAACGGGGCCUCAGAGAGUAGCUGGAAGCCAUGGGGUCGUCUCGAGGCGUGGCGAGAAAGAGGUCCCGUUGAUGGCUUGGGCUACAAGGUUGAGCUUUUCUCUGACAAUGGACCAGCCAAUAGAAUACCCAUUGCCGAAGGCACAAUGAGCGUCAAAAAGGGUGGCCAGUUCUGCAUUGAUUACAAGGUCAUGAAGGAUGCUGGAUUGGGUUCAAGGUUGCCAGGGGAAGAAGGCUUUGUGAUGGGUUCAACUGUGGAUGGUGAAGGCAAAGUUAGCAAACCUGUUGUGCAAGUUGGGGCACAGCAUGUCACGUGCAUGGCUGAUGCUGCUCUCUUCAUUGCGCUCUCUGCUUCUGUUGAUCUUAGCAUGGAUGCUUGCAGGCUUUUCUCACAUAAACUUAGAAAGGAGCUUUGCUAUCAUGAACAAGAUUCCUUUUCAUAGCUUGCAUCCAAUCAAGAGUUCAUGCACGGGUAAUGUUCUUUUCUUGCUAGUUGAGAGAGUCAUUUAACUCUCAACACACACGACUUAAGGAUUCUCAUCCUCUGACUACAUUAUCUUCCAACCCUCUCAGAUGGUAGCAUAUGUUCCUAGCUCACUAGAGUGUAGAAGUGAGUUGUUUUGGUUUGAGCAGAUAUGUGCAGCUGCAAUCCAAAAUUUCACCCCUCCUUCUGAUUUUGUCUCACCUUCUUUUUGCCUUCAUCUGGGAGUGCUUUUAGUUUUAUCCGAUUAAUUUGGGUUGUUAAGGUUCAUAGGCCUACCUCUACUCUAGCUAAUCACAGUGUUGCAUAAAGAUAUCGCAGGCAGUUGCUAUAGUCCCUUCCAGUUGGGUUUUUUCAACAGGUUGCGUUAGGGGUAUGUGUGAUUUAACAGCUGAACAACAUUGUCCGGUUAUUGGGUAUGUAAAUCUCAACGGAAGAUUUGAAAUGUACAAAAGAUUAAAUGCACAUCUCUGUUUAUAAAUAUUUGUUUGCAAAUAUCUGAUUAUAAUUCCA